CCAACAGUGUAAAAGUGUUCCUAUUUCUCCACAUCCUCUCUAGCAUCUGUUGUCUCCAGAUUUUUUAAUGAUCGCCAUUCUAACUGGUGUGAGGUGGUAUAUCAUGUGAUUUUGAUUUACAUUUCUCUGAUGACCAGUGAUGAGCAUUUUUUCAUGUCUGUUUGCUUCAUAAUGUCUUUUGUAAAGUGCCUGUUCAUAUCCUUUGCCCACUUUUGAAUGGGCUUGUUUUUUUCUUGUAUAUCUGUUUUAGUUCUUUGUAAAUUCUGGAUAUUAGCCCUUUGUCAGAUGGGUAGAUUGCAAAAGUUUUUUCCCAUUCUGUUGGUUGCUGAUUCACUCUAAUGACAGUUUCUUUUGCUGUGCAGAAGCUCUGGAGUUUGAUUAGGUCCCAUUUGUCUAUUUUGGCUUUUGUUGCCAUUGCUUUUGGUGUUUUAGCCAUGAAUUCCUUGCCUAUGCCUAUGUCAUGGAUGGUUUUGCCUAGAUUUUCUUCUAGGGUUUUUAUGGUGUUAGGUCUUAUGUUUAAGUCUUUAAUCCAUCCGGAGUUAAUUUUAGUGUAAGGUGUCAGGAAGGGGUCCAGUUUCUGCUUUCUGCACAUGGCUAGCCAGUUUUCCCAACACCAUUUAUUAAACAGGGAAUCCUUUCUCCAUUGCUUGUUUUUGUGAGGUUUGUCAAAGAUCAGAUGGUUGCAGAUGUGUGGUGUUGCCUUCGAGGCCUCUGUUCUGUUCUAUUGGUCUAUAUCUCUGUUUUGGUUCCAGUGCAUGCUGUUUUGAUUCCAGUACAUGCUGUUUUGAUUACUGUAGCCUUGUAGUAUAGUUUGAAGUCAGGUAGUGUGAUGCCUCUAGGUUUGUUCUUUUUGCUUAGAAUUGACUUGGCUAUGCAGGCUCUCUUUUGGUUCCAUAUGAAGUUUAAGGUGUUUUUUUCCAGUUCUGUGAAGGUCAUUGGUAGCUUGAUGGGGAUAGCGUUGAAUCUGUAAAUUACUUUGGGCAGUAUUGAUUCUUCCUAACCAGGAGCAUGGAAUGUUUCUCCAUGUUUGUGUUCUCUCUUAUUUCAUUGAGCAGUGGUUUGUAGUUCUCCUUGAAGAGGUUCUUUACAUUCUUUGUUAGUUGUAUUCCUAGUUAUUUUAUUCUCUUUGUAGCAAUUGUGAAUAGCAGUUCGUUUUUGAUUUGGCUCUCUUUAAGUCUGUUAUUGGUGUAUAGGAAUGCUUGUGAUUUGGGCUGGGCGCGGUGGCUCACGCCUAUAAUCCCAGCACUUUGGGAGGCUGAGGCGGGUGGAUCACAAGGUCAAGAGAUCGAAACCAUCCUGGUCAACAAGGUGAAACCCCGUCUCUACUAAAAAUACAAAAAUUAGUUGGGCAUGGUGGUGUGCGCCUGUAGUCCCAGCUACUAGGGAGGCUGAGGCAGGAGAAUUGCUUGAACCCAGGAGGCGGAGGUUGUGGCGAGCCGAGAUUGUGCCAUUGCACUCCAGUCUGGGUAACAACAGUGAAACUCCGUCUCAAAAAAAAAAAAAAAAAAAAAAGGAAUGCUUGUGGUUUUUGCACAUUGAUUUUGUAUCCUGAGACUUUGCUGAAGUUGCUUAUCAGUUUCAGGAAAUUUUGGGCUGAGACAAUGGGGUCUUCUAGAUAUACAAUCAUGUUGUCUGCAGAUAGAGACAAUUUGACUUCCUCCUUUCCUAAUUGAAUACCCUUUAUUUGUUUUUCUUGCCUGAUUGCUCUGGCUAGAACUUCCAAUACUCUACUGAAUAGGAGUGGUGAGAGAGGGCAUCAUUGUCUAGUGCCAGAUUUCAAAGGGAAUGCCUAGUUUUUGCCCAUUCAGUAUGAUAUUGGCUGUGGGUUUGUCAUAAAUAGCUUUUAUUAUUUUGAGAUAUGUAACAUCAAUACCUAGUUUAUUGAGGAUUUUUAGCGUAAAGAGCUGUUGAAUUUUGUCAAAGGCCUUAUCUGUAUCUAUUGAGAUAAUCAUGCGGUUUUUGUCUUUGGUUCUGCUUAUGUGGUGAAUUACAUUUAUAGACUGCGUACGUUGAACCAGCCUUGCAUCCCCAGGAUGAAUCCUGCUUGAUCAUGCUGGAUAAGCUUUUUGAUGUGCUGUUGCAGUCGGCUUACCAGUAUUUAUUGAAGAUUUUUGCAUCUAUGUUCAUCAUGGAUAUUGGCCCAGAGUUUUCUUGUUGAGUCUCUGCCGGGUUUUGGUAUCAGGAUGAUGCUGGUCUCAUAAAAUGAUUUGGGAAGGAUUCCCUCUUUUUUUAUUGUUUGGAAUAGUUUCAGAAGGAGUAAUACCAGCUCCUCUUUGUAUGUCUGGUAGAAUUCGGCUGUGAACUCAUCUGGACCUGGACUUUUUUUGGUUAAAUUGAUGCCUCAACUUCAGCCCUUGUUGUUGGUCUAUUCAGGGUUUUGACAACUUCCUGGUCUAGGCUUGGGAGGAUGCAGGUGUCCAGGAAUUUAUCCAUUUGUUUUUUUUUUAAAGAUGGGGUUUCACCAUAAUGGCCAGGCUGGUCUUGAACUCCUGACCUCACGUGAUCCACCCACCUCAGCCUCCCAAAGAGCUAGGAUUACAGGCUUGAGCCACUGUGCCUGGCUGGGUUUACUAGUUUGUGCGUAGAGUUGUUUGUAAUAAUCUCUGAUGAUGGUUUGUAAUUCUGUGGAAUCUGUGGUGAUAUCCCCUUUAUUGUUUUUUAUUGCAUCUAUUUGAUUAAUCUCUCUUUUCUUUUUUAUUAAUCUGGCUAGUGGUCUAUUUUGUUGAUCUUUCUGAAAAACCAACUCCUGGAUUUAUUGAUUUUUUUUUUUUUUUGAAGGGUUUUUUAUGUGUCUGGCUCCUUCAGUUCUGCUCUGAUCUUGUCUUCUGCUAGGUUUUGAGUUUUUUUUAAUCUUACUCCUCUAGCUCUUUCAAUUUGGAUGACAGGGUGUCGAUUUUAGAUCUCUCCUUUCUUCUCAUGUGGGCAUUUAUUGCUAUGUAUUUUCCUCUAGACACUGCUUUAAAUGUGUCCCAGAGAUUCUGGUACAUUGUGUCUUCAUUCUCAUUGGUUUCGAAGAACAUCUUUAUUUCUGCCUUCAUUUUAUUGUUUAUGCAGUCAGCAUUCAAGAGCCAGUUCAGUUUCCAUGAAGCUGUGCGGUUCUGAGUUAGUUGCUGAAUUCUGAGUUCUAACUUGAUUACACUGUGGUCUCAGAGACUGUUUGCUACGAUUUCUGUCCUUUUACAUUUGCUGAGGAGUGAUUUACUUCCAAUUAUGUGGUCAAUUUUAGAGGUGUGAUGUGGUGCUGAGAAGAAUGUAUAUUCUGUGCAUUUGGGGUGGAGAGUUCUGUAAAUAUCUAUGAGGUUUGCUUGCUCCAGGUCUGAGUUCAAGUCCUGGAUAUCCUUGUUAAUUUUCUGUCUCAUUGAUCUGUCUAAUUUGACAGUGGAGUGUUAAAGUCUCCCACUAUUAUUGUGUGGGAGUCUAAGUCUCUUUGUAAGUCAUUAAGAACUUGCUUUAUGUAUCUGGGUGCUCUUAUAUUGGGUGCAUAUAUAUUUAGGAUCGUUAGUUCUUGUUGCAUUGAUCCUUUUACGAUUAUGUAAUGUCCUCCUUUGAUCUUUGUUGGUUUAAAGUCUAUUUUAUCAGAGACUAGGAUUGCAACUUCUGCUUUUUGUUUUGCUCUCCAUUUGCUUGGUAAAGCUUCCUCCAUCCCUUUAUUUUGAGCCUUUGUGUAUCCUUGCAUGUGAGAUGGGUUUCCUAGAUACAGCACACUGAUGGGUUUUGGCUUUUUAUCCAAUUUGCCAGUCUGUGUUUUGAUUGGGGCGUUUAGCCAUUUACCUUUAGGGUUUAUAUUGUUAUGUGUGAAUUUGAUUCUGCCAUUUUGAUGCUAGCUGGCUGCUUUGCCCAUUGGUUGAUGCAGUUUCUUCAUUGUGUCAAUGCUCUUUUCACUUUGGUAUGUUUUUGUAGUUGCUGGUACUGGCUGUUCCUUUCUAUGUUUAAGUCUGCUGCAGCAGAACUCUUAAAUGCCUUUUUCUUCCCCCAGGUACUCUGUCCCGGGAAGGUAGGGCUUUAAGUUUCUGUUGCGCUGCUGUCUUUUUUCAGGGCUGCCCUGCCUAGCGAGGCGUCAACCUGGUCACAGUUUGCCUACAGAGGCUUUGCUGAGCUGCCAUGGGCUCUGCCCAGCUGCCGUGUGAACUUCCCUGCAGUCCUGUUUAUAGGGCUGUAGUUAGAACUGCCUCAGCAAUGGUGGCCCACCUCGGGAGUGGUGGACUGCCUUGGUAAUGGUGGGCACCCCUCCCCCACAGAGCUGGACCAUUUUGGGUUCAGCUGUGCUUGCUGUGAAACUCUCAAUCCAGAGCGUUUCAGAUUGCUGUUUUUUGUGACAUUUUGUGCAGAGACCUGCUGCACUGGCUGAAACAGUCACACUGGGGGCUGUUUUUUGAGCCUGAUCACCUGGCUGCCUGCCUCAGACCCCCGCCCCCCCGCUUUUUUUUUUUUUUUUUCAGUUGAACAGGUGACUUGAAAUGGCGCCUGGGUUUGUGUGAUUUCUUGUGCACAGACCCGCUGUGCCGGCUGAAACAGCCGCUGGACACCUGUGGCACUUUUUCAUGGUGGAAUCUCCUGGCCUAGCUCCGUUUCAGUCCCUUUUGUUCAGUUGAACUGGCGACUCUGUCUCCCAGGAUUCCUCUCACAAGCUGAAAAGGUGCCUGGAUUUGUGUGACAUUUUGUGCACAGACCUGCUGUGCUGGCUGAAACAGUCACACUGGGGGCUCAUGGCGCUUUUUCGCCCAGGAAUCUCCUGGCCUAGCUCCGUUUCAUUCCCCUUUUGUUCAGUUGAACGGUGACUGUCCCCCAGGCAUUCCACAUGCCUGUUAAAAAGGCACCUGGAUCUGUGUGAUUUCCCGGGUGGCGACCCAUUGUGCUGGCUCAAACAGCCACGCUGGAGAUUCGUGGCACUUUUUUGGCCAGGAAUUUCCUGGCCUGGCUUUCUGUUUUGGUCCCCUUCUUACCAGUCUAACAGACAGAUGUCUCCCAGGCGUUCCAAUCACCAGCUAAAACAGCUCCUGGUCCCGUGUAUUUUGUGCGGACACCUUCCGUGCCAGCCAAAACAGCUGCACUGGUGAACCAUGGGGUUCCUCCGCCUGGAGUCCCCUAGUCUGUGGGCAAUAAAAAUCCAUCUGGAAAUGCGGCAUCCACUUACCCUCCAUGCUCUCGCUGGGAGCUGUGAUCCAGAGCUGCUCCUAAUCAGCCAUCUUGGAGGAAGAUUCUUGAGACACACUCUUAAGAUAGGAUUCCAGGAUUGGUUUGGUUGUGCCUUUGGACUUGGGCACAGUGCUGAGCUCUUGCUGAUGGGAAACAGGCUGCCAGAGGCCCCUGGCAUGCAGGUGGCAUUACAGCGCCUAUGGUUGACAGAGAUGAAGGGCUGAGGCAGGGCUGUGGCUGCUGGGCUCAACAGUUGUGGUAGUUGUGACACUUCUAAAGACCAGGGUAUUAGAUGGAUUCUCCAGAGUGCCCACAGACAGUGAUGAGCUUGGGUCUGCUAACUCAGCUCAAGUCACAGUCAGAACUAGACAGCUUCCAUGACAGCCCCCUAAUUUUAUUUUUUUUUUUAGACAGAGACUCACUGUGUCACCCAGGCUGGAGUGCAGUGGCGAGCUCUCGGCUCACUGCAACCUCCACCUCCCAGGUUCAAGUGAUUCUCCUGCCUCAGCCUCCUGAGUAGCUGGGAUUGCAGGCGCGCACCACCAUGCCAGGCAGAUUUUUGUAUUUUUAGUAGAGAUGGGGUUUCGCCAUGUUUGCCACGCUGAUCUCAAACUCCUGGCCUCAGGUGAUCUGCCCACCUCAGCCUCCCAAAGUGCUGGGAUUACAGGUGUUAGCCACACUGGGCCCAAAAGUUUUUACUUCUUUAGAAUGGAGUCAUCUAAUUGCACCCAGAGUAAACAGGCGAUUUUGAACCCCCAAGUCACUCCAAGCAAGUGACUUACCAGUGUCCGAGGGACCUACCGGCCUUCUUGUGCUUAGAAACCUUGUGAUGUGGCCAGGUGCAGUGGCUCAUGCCUAUAAUCCCAGCACUUUGGGAGGCCAAGGCGGGUGGAUCAUGAGGUCAGGAGUUCAAAACCAGCCUGGCCAACAUAUUGGAAUCCUGUCUCUACUAAAAAUAGAAAAAAUUACCUGGACAUGGUGGUGGGCACCUGUAAUCCCAGCUACAGGAAGCUGAGGCAGGAGAAUCACUUGAACCCAGGAGGUGGAGGUUGUAGCGAGCCGAGAUAGUGCCACUGCUCACCAGUCUAGGCAACAGUGCAACACUCUCUCUCAAAAAAAAAAAAAAAAAAAAAGGAAACCUUGUAAUGACCGCACCAGGGGCAGACACCUUGAAAGCAGUUGUUCAUCCUUUUGGUUUUUUUAUUUUUGAGACAGAGGCCUGCUCUGUCUCCCAGGCUGGAGUGCAAUGGUGCAGUCUCGGCUCACUUCAACCUCCACACCUCCAAGGUUUAAGCGAUUCUCCUGCCUUAGUCUCCCGAGUAGGUGGGACUACAGGCCCCUGCCACGGCACCCAGCUAAUUUUUGUAUUUUUUAGUAGAGACAGGUUUCGCCAUGUUGGACAGGCUGGUCUCGAACUCCUGACCUCAGGUGAUCCGCCUGCCUCAGCAUUCCAAAAUGCUGGGAUUACGUGUGUGAGCCACCGUGCCCAGCCUUUUUUCCUUUAGAGAUAAGAUCUGACUAUGUUGCCAAGGCUGGUCUCAAACUCCUGGGCUCAAGUGAUCCUCCCCUCUUGGCCUCCCAGAGUACUGGGAUUACAGGAGUGAGCCACAGUGUCCCAUCCCAUGUUUUUUUCUCAUGGCCAGCUGUUACACAAAAAUAACAGAUGCACUCUAUUCUUCUUUAGACUCGCCACAAGCACCCCCUGCUGCCUCUAGACCCAUAAAUACCUAGAGUCAAAUCAGCUUGCUCCUGGGGGACAGGUGCUGGCUAGGACUCAAGCUGGCGCAGCUUUUCCAUGAGAAUGACAAGGCUUCACAGAUAUACAGUCAGAAGCUUGGGGAAUGCAUGCAGAAGCAGAUUUUAGGGGUGUUACACCAAUGAGGGUGGAUGUAACAUUAGCUCAGGCCAAAUUUCCUGGUAUGAGUGCACUUUCUAGAGCUGGAUUUCAUGGGUUACCUUGUGCAGCUGGACUUGGUUCUGAUAGCUCGCUUGGUUGCCUGACCGGAGCUUGGAUCCAGCAGUGGCCUAAAGGUAAUGAGGCAGAGAGACGAGAACUGCCCUAGCAUGAUGGAUGAGGGGAGUCCCAAGGUUUGGGGAGACAGAAGUGCUGGAUUGGAAUGAUCGUGUUCAACCUGCAUGUCCACGCUCCAACCAUGUUCUCCAAGAAGGCGCCCCUUACCGGCCAAUCCCAUGAUAGUUAAUCAUCCUGUAUGCUGAACUUGUCCUAUUCCCAUUCCUGUGUGGUUUGGGUCUCCUAAUUGGACCCCAACUGAGGCAAACGGCAAAGACAAAAAGAACAGCACCCUCUGAGGCUUCCCAGUGCUUCCAGGAGGAGCAGCACCCCCUACCCCAGAAGCUAGAUGAGCUCAGAGGGCCUGGAAUCCCUUUCUCUCAGCCCUAGGGUGAGGUGGCCUUGCAGACUCCCUCAGGAGGUGCUCUGGCCCCUGCCCCCAGCCCCUGGCUGUCAUUUCCCACUCCCGCUAUUAUUCCAUUAAUACUCACUUCUUCCCCACUCCCUUCCUCUAGCAGCUCCCAGGAGCUCCAUUAUUCAAACUUGGGGGAGGAAAUCAGGGCUGGACAGAUCAACUACUGCUGCUGCUGGUAGACUGGGUUCCUGCCAUAAUGGGGACAGGCCCGCCCCAAAACCAGGGUGGGGUGAAGGGGUCAGCCAGGCUUAGUGGGAGGCCCUUAGUCCCACCCCAAGUCCUGGGAGGUCUCCAGACAGCUGAUGCAGCCCCAACAGCAGGGGCCUGAGGGCAGGGAUGCAAACACUGGCAGACACCCUCUCCUGCCCCAGGGGGCCGGAUGUGAGUGUUCCCGGAGUCACGGUGCCACUGGGGGAGGGGAGGGGUGGGGCCCCAGGGCGAGGCUGGCUCCAGGGCUGCAGGUGGGGGGUAGGGUAGGAACAGAUUUCCACCCUGCUGGGCAGCAGCCCAGGUGCUGAGAGGGAUGGAAGAGAUGCAGGGGGUCAGCUCCAGGGGUUCCCUGCGUGCCCCCCCCCAACUGCCCUUGGAGCUCUAAUCCUUUCCUCGCUCAUUCUUCCUCCUGGCUCCCUCUCCACCUCUCCCGGGUCUGGCGCCGAAGGCUUAGAGUCCCUCCCCUCUGUCCUCCACCUGCCUUUCUCAACUUGGCUUUCCCAGCGAGCACCCCAGAUGGCUUCUGCCACCCCUUAUCUUUCUCAACACCUCCAUUUCCCUCCUCCCCUCCCUCCUGGCCACCUUCCCAUUUUCCCUUCUUCUCUGUCUCUCCCUCUCAGCUCUCUCCACCUCUCACCCCAGCUCCCCGUCUCUGUUCCUGGCCAUCUUCCCUCUCCACAACGUCUGUCUUUCCUCCUCCUCAGCAGCCCCCUUCCCCCCACCUCACCCUGACUGGGCAGCAACAACAAACAUCCCUCUCUCUGGCGGGCCUGCCGAUCGCUUCCCACUCAGCACAUUCACUGCCGCCUCCUUGCCAUGGGCGCAGCUGGGCGCCAACUUCUCAGCCUCCCCUUCUCUGCUUCAGUGGGACCCUGCCUUGCCCAGGUCACUCUGACACUCCCCAGCCCAGGCCCAGCCCUCAGCCGCACCCUCCCUGACACUCCCUCCCUCCCCAGGCCCCGGUUCUCCCCUCCCAGGCCUCACUAGGCCCCCCGUCUGGUUUCUGUGGCUGCCCCCUGCACCCUUCCCAGAUGUCUCACCAGAAACCAGCCCUAACACGCUGGAGCCCCAUCUCUGGUCGGCCUCCUGCCCUCCUCCCUCCCGCCUCAGCCCCGCCCCAGCCCCUGGGGCCCUCCCUGCUCCCGCUCUGCUCCACUCCCCUCCCCGCUUCUCUGGACUGGCUGGGCAGGGCUGGGCCAGGCAGUCGACUACGCAGGGGCCGGGGCAGGCGAUCUGAGAGAGCAGAGGGAGGCCUGACCUGAGGCCCGGCACCCGGAGCUGGUGGGAGCCGGACCCAGAGCUCCCGCGGCCACCCCUUCUCUGGGCCGGGUCAUGCGCUGCCCCAAGUGUCUUCUCUGCCUGUCUGCACUGCUCACGCUCCUGGGCCUCAAAGUGUACAUUGAGUGGACAUCUGAGUCCCGGCUCAACAAGGCCUACCCCAGCCCUCGGGGCACCCCGCCAGGCCCCACGCCAGCCAACCCUGAGCCCACCCUGCCUGCCAAUCUCUCCGCCCGCCUGGGCCAGACUGGCCCACUGCCUUCGGCUUACUGGAACCAGCAGCAGUGGCGGCUGGGGUCCCUGCCCAGUGGGGAUGGCACUGAGGUGGGGAGCUGCCAGGCUUGGGGGGCCGCCGCUGCCGCCGAGAUCCCUGACUUCGCCUCCUACCCCAAGGACCUCCGCCGCUUCCUGCUGUCAGCAGCCUGCCGGAGCUUCCCACAGUGGCUGCCUGGAGGUGGUGGUGGCCAAGUGUCCAGCUGCUCUGAUACCGAUGUCCCCUACCUGCUGUUGGCCAUCAAGUCAGAGCCAGGGCGCUUUGCAGAACGACAGGCCAUCAGGGAAACAUGGGGCAGUCCAGCUCCUGGGAUCCGGCUUCUCUUCCUGCUGGGGUCUCCGGUGGGUGAGGCAGGGCCUGACCUGGACUCACUGGUGGCCUGGGAGAGCCGUCGCUACAGUGACCUGCUGCUCUGGGACUUCCUCGACGUCCCAUUCAACCAGACACUCAAAGAUCUGCUGCUGCUGGCCUGGCUGGGCCGCCACUGCCCCGCCGUGAGUUUUGUCCUGCAAGCUCAGGACGAUGCCUUCGUGCACACCCCUGCGCUGCUGGCUCACCUUCGGGCCCUGCCACCCGCCUCGGCACAAAGCCUCUAUCUGGGUGAGGUCUUUACCCAGGCCAUGCCCCUCCGGAAGCCAGGAGGACUCUUCUACGUGCCCGGGUCCUUCUUCGAAGGUGGCUACCCAGCCUAUGCAAGCGGGGGUGGCUACGUCAUUGCUGGGCGCCUGGCACCCUGGCUGCUGCGGGCGGCAGCCCGUGUGGCACCUUUCCCCUUUGAGGACGUCUACACUGGCCUUUGCAUCCGUGCCCUGGGCCUGGUGCCCCAGGCCCACCCGGGCUUCCUCACAGCCUGGCCAGCAGACCGCACUGCGGACCACUGCGCUUUCCGCAACCUGCUGCUGGUACGGCCCCUGGGCCCCCAGGCCAGCAUUCGGCUCUGGAAACAACUGCAGGCCCCACAGCUCCAGUGCUGAUGCUCGGUGGGGCGGUGGGGCACUGACCUGCUUGCUCUGCCCCUCCUUCCAGGUCUUGAUGAGAGGGAGAAAGGCCUAGAAUCUGGACAAUUUCAGCCACUUCUCCACCACCAGGGGCCUGGGCAGGAAAGAUGGGGCGGCAAACUCUUUGUGCCUACUUUUUGUUUUUGAAAAAUAUGCACUCCCCACUCUGA